AUACACAGGGUAGACGUGCUGCCCGUUUCUCCGCCGUGUGUGUGUGUUAUUGCCAUUUUGUUUCGUCCUGUGCGGAGAGUCGGCGAGUGUCGGCCCUGAAUAGAAAGCCCGGUCCUCACGAAACACAGAGGGGGCGGUCUCACGUGACCGGGCGGCUCUAAAUGCUACCAGUUCACAUGACGGGACAUGGCUCGUUCAGUCACUGAGGCUCCGGCUGAUAUCUAAACGCGUCUAUGGAUCGUUUCUACUAGCAGGGUGUGCUUCAGGACACGGUAAUAAAGGCUUUGAGAGCAGAGGAACGUCAUCGUCAUCAACAACAACAACAACAGCAGCAGCAGCAGCGUCGCGUCACGUUAAGCCAACUGUCCGUGAAUCCCGUCAAGCCAAGUGCGCUCGGCGGCAGUGCGUCGUGUUGACCCACCUGCGCCCGCAGCCCCCUCUCUCUGGGCGCCUUUUCUUCUCCUCUACAGGGACUGAGAAGUGAAGUGUGCUCCGUGGUGUCACUCGAGCCGAAGGAUGAAACUCUCUCACGCGUUGGCAGCGCUCAUCAUCGCCUGGUUUGCGGUUUUCGGUCGCAUUCAGGCCGUUACCCUUGAGGUGAACCAGGGGAACUCCACCUGCAUUAAGGCUGAGCUGACUGCAUCAUUCUCCAUCACAUACAACACCUCCAACAGCACAAGAACAGUGCAGGUCUCUCUUCCUGACUCCGCCACCGUCGAUGCAGGCAGCAGUUCAUGCGGCACAGACGGAAACGCACCAUGGCUGGUGGCGGUGUUCGGACCUGGCCAUGCACUGGGGCUGAGCUUUUCAACCAAUGGGAGUCUGUAUAGUGUCGCAAACCUGUCGCUGCAGUACAACCUCAGUGACACUUCUAUCUUCCCUGAGGCCAACAGCUCCGAUGUGGUCACUGUGGUGUCAUCAUCAGUUGGUAUCUGGGCCCCAAUCAACACAACAUACCGCUGUUUGAGCCCCGCCACUUUUGGAGUUGGCGGAGUAACGGUCACUUUCUCUAACAUGAGGCUGGAGGCAUAUAUGCCAGGAAAUGACCUGAGUCCAACAGAAAGUGUAUGUAUGGCAGAUCAGGCCAGUACUACAGCUCCCCCCACCACCACCACUACCAGUGCUACAACGACCGUAACUCCUGCACCGACCCCUCCAGGCACACCUGAACGGGGCAUGUACUCUGUGAACAACACCAACGGCACGGCGUGUCUCCUGGCCCAAAUGGGAUUGCAGCUCAAUGUCUCCUAUUUUUCUCAAUCUCAGAAUAAGACUGUCCAAGAAUUAGUUAACGUGACUCCGAAUCUGACAAGUUCAUCAGGAUCAUGUGAAGCCAGCAGUGCUACCUUGAUUUUGACAGAGGGGCGAACCACCACGCUCAACUUCACAUUCACUCUGAACUCCACGAGCAACAAGUACCACCUGAGUGCACUGACUCUGCUUGCUAAUUGGUCUGAUAUGACCGCUCCUCUUUCAGCUAGCAACACCAGUCUCAACUACCUGCGGAGUACGAAGGGACGCUCCUACAUGUGCAACACAGAGCAAACUCUGGCUGUGGUACCGAACUUCUCCCUCAACACAUUCAGACUGCAGGUCCAGCCCUUCGAGGUCACCACCAACCAGUUUGCUACAGCGGAGGAGUGUCAGAUGGACCAAGACCAGAUGCUCAUCCCCAUCAUUGUUGGAGCAGCUCUUGCCGGCCUGGUACUGAUUGUCCUCAUUGCCUAUCUAAUAGGCAGGAAGAGGAGCCAUGCUGGUUACCAGACAAUUUGAUCGAAUGCUUCAUUUAACUUAAACCUGACAGACUGAAUGAUGGAAAGAUGAGCCCAAGUGUGUGAGUGAGCGUUUAAUAAGACUGUGGACAUGAGCAGCUGUUGCUCUGAGGUGACUGCAUGUUUUGUAUAUCCUGUGUGACCUCCUGGAUAUUUUCUUUUCUUUUCACUUCCUCUGUGAGAUGAUGAUGAUGACGAGAAGCCAAAGACCUGCUAAAUUUAGAUGGUGUGCAUAUUUUUGAAGCCCAAGAAGACUUCAAGAGAGUCUUCAAAUAAUCAAGGAUGGAGGCAUUUUGAAUUUGCUGCUGCAAGUUCACCGUCAGCUGUCUAUUGUUUCAUUAUGAUCUAGGAAUUGGAUGGACUUGCUUGAACUGCUGUUUGUUGUUUUUAGCUGUGUAAUUAUUUAAUAUCCCAUGCAAGGAAAAAUUUAGAGGGAGAGUCGAAUGAAAUGUACGACGGAGAUAAUUUUUAAAAAGUUCCAAUGGCUUGUUUACUAACAUUUUUGAAGCGUCAUGAGCAUCAGAUAAUCCCAGUGACGUUAAGAAAAGGGAAAGCUCUGAAUGUGUGUCUUUUCCCAGCAUAUACCUUCAUAGUGGAGACUGACAAAAAAAACAGAAUCGACCCAAUAAUUCACUGAGGCAUAACUAAUUAACUGCAGUGUUGUAAUUGUGAUGAUAGAAACAGGGAAUAGUUGCUUUGUGUAAACAGUGUGUCCAGCCAAACAUUACAAACAGAACCUUACAUUACAAGUGAACAGGUGAAUGGGUUCAUUUUCUAUUUGUGCUUUCUCCCACUCUCCCCUUGAAGAAAUGUUAAUAAGAACCGUGGUGAUUUGAUCUUUUAUUUUUGUAGAAAAUGGUUUGAUCUCGUUUUCUAUUACGCAUCUUUCUGAAAGUUAAUAAACAUCUUAAAAUCAA